CAGGGCCCCAAUUGUACCCUGUUCGCCACUCCGAUCGCACUCCGAUCGCCUAUAGCAGCUACUUGUUUUUUCCUUGCUUGUCUCAGCUUGUCUCCCGCGGAUUUUCCACAUCGCACUUCAAUUGAAAAUAUCCUUGCAUCGGAAACGCUCCUUCAAAUUCGCUGCACUUUCCCGCUCCUAAUGCGAUGUCCCUUUUCACCGGCAACCGUGACCGUACGGUGCCUCGUGCUCUCCUUGUUUAUGAAAUUUUCUCAAAUAUCAUAAGCUAUAUCAAAACUGAAAAUCCUGCCAGUUUCAAACCAUUUUUAGAAGAACCAGAACCAACCUUAUUCGCUCUUGCAUUGACGUGUCACGCGUUAACGGAGCAAGCAUUGGAUGCCCUCUGGGACACUCUCCCAAGCAUUGAACCCCUCAUGCGAUGCGCCGGGAUCAUUCCGUCCCCGAAAGAAAGGCCCAAAGACGGCAAAGGCUGUUCCAUCAUCCCAACAGAAGCUCAGCUGGCUGUUAUUAGUCGCUAUGCACACCGUGUCCGGUCUUUAAGACUAGAUACAUACCGUGUCCGGUUUUUAAGAGAAGAAUUUGCGGAUCGCGACGGUCAUAUGCAAGCCUUUUUACGAAUCCUUGCUUGCUCUUCGAAGGUCCCGGUGCCAAACUUGCGAAGCUUGUUUGUAGACUUUCUUCGUGAACCAUUCCAUCUGAUCUACCCCCUGCUUGGCCCGCGUCUGCAGCAUCUCUCCAUCAGCAUCUAUCAUAACGAGCCAGAUGACCACCCUUUACACACGGUCUUACCAUCUUUACCUUGCCCAUCACUUGAAAGUCUCAAAUUUGAACAAUACAACUACCUGGAUUAUCAGGAGGUCGUACCUUGCGCUCUACCAGUGUCGCAUGAUAUUCUCCAACAAAUGCAGAAGCUGCGUAUAGUCGACGUACCAUCCAUUGCCAAGGAUGCCCUGACUUUUUUGGGUGGGCUCUCGUCUGUUACCAAUAUCCGCACGCAUCUGCCCACCAGCAGUGAUCUCGAAGAUAUUCUUGGCUCAUCCCGCGGCCUCGAGCCCGUUCUCUUUGAGAACAUUGACAGUGUCGAUUGGGAGAUCAAAGAAUGGCGAGACGUCGAAGCCUUCGCACAUCUAUGGCCUUCUAAACUCACCUCGAUAUCACUUCGAUCUGAGGUCAAGCUCGACCCAAGCUUAUUGCAGGUGCUUUUCGACUCGCUUCAUACGCGCGAGGCUUUCAGGAACUUGCAGUGCAUAUGCUUAUCCGAACCCAGUGGCCCUACGUUAUCAAUAAGUAAAGUCAUCACCAUUGACACCAUACGGCCACUCCUCUACCUGAGUCACCUUCAGGUCGUGGACAUCGAUACGAUGUCCAGUCUUAGCAUCGGCGAUAGUGACCUGGAGGAAAUAGCAAAAGGAUGGCCCUGUCUUGAGGUGUUGCUCCUCAACAAGGACUAUGGGUUCACGUCUUCCGCGGCACCCAAGCCACGGUGGAUUUCAGUGCCCGGGGUCGUCAGAUUCGUCGAGUCGUUGCCUUGCUUGAAGAAGCUUGCCAUCGGUAUUACACUCCGUACCGUGAAAGACGACUAUGACAUGAAGAACUUGGAUGACCUCGAACCCCGUGACUCUGACAGCAGGUUGGAAGAUCUCACGAUGAGAUACCCCCGUGAAGAGGAUUACAUAUGGGAGGCUUGUUACCCAGAUCUUGAUUUACUUUUCACAAAGCUUUUCCCUAAGGUAGACCCCGAAGUAGACCUUUUUUCUGACACUUACUGCUAGAUUUUAACAUGACGUGCAAACCUCUUAGAAGGCAUGCUUGCCGCGGGCCACAGGAUAUUAUUUUUGGAGGAGUCGUCCGUGCACAAUAACCUUCUCCUGAGUCACGAAUACAGAUCCCUUCUGUACAUUAUACUCCUGCUCUAUAUCGAUCGCACGAUCACACGCGUUCCUGGGCUCCAGCUCUUCGCUUGCUCAAAGACAUUAGAGUCAACCGCGCAUAAUAUGGCGCAGCUGGAAUAUUAAUUAAUCCUCGGGCCGCC